AUGACCCAACCGAAGACGCACUUCGACCUCCCCGAUCCACGCAGCAGCUACACCUCCUCGAUACCCCUUGUCCCCGGCAGCACGUCUUCGGGCCAGCAUGCAGCGCCGAUGGGUCCUCCGACGACCUAUCCAGCGCCUCCCGGCCUCUCACCUCGUUCGUCGCCGCCCAUCCCGCGCAUCUCGCCUCGCCCAGAGCGCCCAGACGUUCCCGUGACGCCUCAACUCGGCUCGACGCCCAACAUGACCGACACAGCGACAUUCGUUACGAGCAGCCUCGCUCCUCCCGAACCGCAGCCACCACGCCCUCGUCGACCUUCGAGACCGAACGAAGCCCUCAUGUUUAACUCGCCUGUCCCGCUCCUUCCCGCAUUCGUUCCCUCCAGCGAGCCCUCCCCGCCAAGUGAGAGUGAUCUCUCCCCCGGCGCACUCGAGUUCCCGGCCCCGCCUCUGCCGCCCACAGCUACCGCCCCAACUUCGCCUCGCCCCGCAUCCGCCUUCUCCCGCUUCUCCUCAUCCUAUCGCAAACCAGUCCCCAAGUUCAUCCCGACACCGCCGCGUCAGGCGUCGCUGUCUGUCUCGUCUGCGCGGGCGCACGGCGAGGAACUGGACGAGGGAGGGAGUGCAGGUCGUCUGAGCGUUGGCGGGUUCGAGGCGCUCUUACAGCGUCCUGGGGCGACCGAAGGGCGACUUGGCGAGGUGGCGGACGAGGAGGAAGGACAAAUCAUUUGGUCUCCGCGGAUCCAUCUCGGGCUUGACCCGGAAGGUGUCGAGGCGAGGGAGGAACGGCGCAAGUGGGAAGAGCAGCGCAAGGUGUCGGCUGCAUCGGGUAGUGCAGGCCUCGGCGUCUUCGAGACGGCUGGCGAGGCGGACCUGGGUGACCCAGCUGGCUUUGUUCAGGCGACAGACAGACUCGCACCUCCGCCUCCGCAGACGAACCCCGACUUCCUCAUCUCGCCUCGCGGCUCCCGUCGUCGUGUUCGCGGCGUCACCACUUUCGAGCCGGCUCACGCUUCGCAGGGCGACCCAGGCUUCCCGCGAACUCCGCCUCGAACCGCCACGCCAGGCGCGCGACGCUAUGUCACGCCUCGCUCGGCUCGCUCGAAGCGCUCGCGCAUGACGAGCUACGAGCCGCAGUAUGGCGAGGAAGACGACGUGGAUUUGGACGAGGUGGACGAGGGACCGAAGUUGCGGCGGGGGAGUAUGAGGUUGAGCGAGUUGGACAGCGUGGUGGACUAUGGCGAGGGCUCUGAGGGUGGCGAGAUGAUGGCGCCGACAGCGCCGUCUCCGACUCGCCGACCAUCACUCUUCAGCUUGCGUAAGAAGUCCAAGUCGGCGCGAGGUCCCGCUCCGCCUGUCCCUCCCUCUCACGCUCGCGGUCGCAGCGCGCCCGGCACGUUCGAAGUUGUCGUCCACGACUCGGAUAGCGAUGUCGACGCGCGACUGCAUCAGCCAGACGACGGUGACUGGGAAAAGGCCAGGCGGGAGACGACUUGUCGACCGGAACGGAUGGACUGGUCGAUGGUCGAGUAUGGCGGCUGGUUCCCGCGUCUCCUCCAUCUGCUCUACCCCUUCGCCAUCUUCGCCCACGUCCCCGUCACCCUCUUCCUCGACUACAACCUGAUCUACAUCCUCGCUCAACUGGCGCUGUACCCCUCCGUUCCGCCAACGCAGAACCUAUCCGCCCGUGCGCUCGUGGACGUCCCGACAAUCCAGCCCAGCACGGGAUGGUGGGUCGCACUCGCCGUCUACUCGACUUGCACCUUCAUCUGGUUCUUCGGCGUCUUCAUCUGGAGGGACUUGCUGUGCGGGUUCUUCGCGAGGUGGCGAGGCGUCGGAGCGGGCGGGAAGAACGUCGAGAUAGAGCGGAUCUACCAGGGCGCAGCGUCGUACAACCUCGCCUGUCUGCGCUCCUACGGCGUCUUCUCCUUCCUCUGGCGAGUCCGCCUCGCCGGACUCUUUCCUCGAACGGCUCUUGGUCGCUCGGUCGACGGACCCAGUCGCCUCGACGGCAUCAAGGAAAGUUGUCAAUGGUACCGCCAGAACUGGCCGACUGUUUUGCUUCUCCUCCCGCGUGCGGGUCUCACCUGCGCCGUCAUCCUCCUGUACAACACGACCGCGUACGGACCAACGGCGGCGGCGGUAGCGACCAGUCGCGACUCGGCCUACUUCGCCACCGACGGGACGCUCUCGCCCUUCGCCUUUGGCGUCCUCAUGACGAACGCAGUGUGGGCCGCCUGGCGGCUAGUGCUCGUCGUUGCAGCGGCGGUCGGGCUUUGGCUGCUUGAGUCGUCCUGCCUGAAGCGCCGCACUGCAGCAUCCUCGGCAUUCAUUCAUCCCUCGCGCGAACACCUCGCCAUCGCCCUUCCAGACUCUCCCGUCGUCGGCCGGACCGACCACGCGCGUUCUUCGUCCUCGCGUCGCCCCUCCGCACCGUUCUCCGACUGGCGCACCCGUCGACAGCGCCGAAUCCGAUGCGCUAUCCUCGCCUGCCUCGGAUCGACGCCUUUGAGCAUGGCGUCGACAACCUUCUCGCCCUUCCUCGCCAAGUCGCCCUACGUUCUCGGCUACUCGUCGUCCGCGUACCCCGACGAGAAGAAGGAGACCGUCUACGACGACCAGGUGCACGAGCAGGUUCCGGCCGGCCGCAAGAGUGCGCGCCCUAGCGCGGAGGAGCAGCGACCCGACUUUGCUGUCCAAGCAAUCGAUCGGGAACAGCCGCGCGAGAGUGCAGCACAGCGGUAUGCUGCCGCUGCGUCGCAACCUCGCAAUUUCUGGUCGUCCGCCUCGAACUACGUCGUGCCGCACCCGAAGACGAAGCUCUCGCCUAUCAUCUCCCUCUCGCCAGCCACUCCGUCUCCGCCGCGCUUCGAGGCGCAGACGAGCGGCAUCGACGGUCGCAGGGCGUCGACGUUGACGGCAGCACCACGUGCCGGAGCUGUCGGCGGAACGAACCUACAUCGGCGCGUGCGGUCGUUGCCACUCGAGCAGGAGCACCUGUCACCGUUGCCGCACCACGAGGUUCAGUUCUCGCCGAGGCCGCUGCCCACUGUCAAAACGCUGCUUGCGCAGGGUCAGCGGAACGACAGACCCAACGAGCAGUACUCGCGACCACAGCUCGUCUCGCAGUUCUCGGCGAUCAGCGAGAGGCCGUCCUCGAGCAGGUCGGUGCCACUCGGCGAGGUCGACGCCAAUGCCAUCCGCCGCGACUCCUCCACCUCGUCCUUCGCUUCGCCCAUGCCCUCAUACUUUCCGCACCGCCCGUCUGCGUCUCACCAACCCGGCAACGGCAACCGCAUUCCCUCGGACGAGAACCGCUCCGCCCUCCUCCAGACGCACCUCGCGCGCGGAGCGGCAGAGCGACAGCGUCUCUCGACUCGCCUGCUCGACGAGGUGGAUCGAAUUCAGGACGAAGAGGCGCUCUUGCGAGAGGAAACGCUUCGCCAGGGCGGCCUACAUCGCAACUCGCAGCUCUCGAGUACCGAGGGCGGCGACAGCUUCGAGACGGCGCAGGCGGGACCUUCGAGUGACAUCGCCGGCGACGCGCGACGCGGAAGCGCGCUAUCGACGGUGACGGCUUCGUCAGCGAUAUCGCAGCCAACCAGCGUCGGAGGCAGAUCCGAGUCGUCGACUUUGCGAGGAGCUGUCAGGACGCCCGAGCCGGCGUAUCGUCUUCGCUCGACGACCCCGUUAGGUGCGCCUGCCGACGAGCCCGAUGUGAGGCGACGAAGUACCGCUGCGACAGAGGAGGCGAGUGUCGAGGAUGAGUCUCGUCUCGAGCCGUUCCGACUUUCGCACCGGUCGAACGCGGACACGCUCUCGCUCUCGGCGUAUGGCUCGCCGCGACUCGAGCAGGGAGAGGGGACGUCUUGGCAGGGGAUUGAGGACGAGCGGGAACAAGAGGAACCGAUGCGGGUCGAGACGGCGGAGCGGGCAGACGAAGCGAAGUAA